AUGAAUGCAGAAAAUUUCCAUAAUGAAAAACACAAGGUUAUGUGGAUCACCGGUUACUUUUGUAAACCAGACGGGAAGUUGGGGGACAACUGCGCUUCUUACGUUUGGUGGCGCGGCUUGAUGGCGAAGAAUGCAAAUCAUCAGAACUUGGAUCCCAAUACCGCUUUGUCGAAGGCUCCGUUUCUGUUGGAAGAACUUUUAUCGGGAGAAGCGUUUUUGGUGGCGAUUGAGACGACCUUUUCCAAUCACAAGGGAGAAGAAGAAGCUUGCAAAUCAUUACGGGUCAUGAAGCAAGGCAACACAUCCAUCGAAGAAUUCAACGUCUCAUUCAAUUCCUUACUCUACGCAGUCGAUCUCUCCGAGGCGUCAAAAUGCGAUCUGUACAACAAAGCUAUCAAUCCAAAAAUUAUUCAGCUCAGGAUCUUGCGAGGUGGCUGGAAUGGGGUGACAGUGUGGUAA